AUGGACUCCUUACUUGCAGCCAUACAGAACGAGAGUUACUAUAGCACCUUGGUUUUGUGGCGUCAUCAGCCGGCCGAUUGUUUUGCCGAACUCUCUGACUGGGGUUCCGAGAACCUUACAACAAAACUCAUCUUCGAUAGCAACUAUACGGAGUAUCUGAAUGGCUACCUCAAUCGUGCAGUGUUGAAUGUCGUGUGCCUCGAUGAUUUUGUCGACUUAUUUAUGUUGGAGAAUCUAGCGGAGAGUCUACAGCAUAUGCGUGAGACGCGUUUAUUAUUUCUGCUAAAAAAUUUCACUACCCAACCGGUAUAUGAACUGGAGGAGCUCUUCAACUUCUGUCACGCCCAACAAAUGUUGAAUGUGUUGGCGGUAGGUAGAGAUUUUGCGACAACUGGCGAUUUCUAUACUUUUCAACGUUUUCCCAACUUUACCGUGGAGUGUAAUCAAUGGCCCGGCACAUUUUAUCCGAAUCGUCUCAGGGAUCUGCAGGGUUAUGAGUUUAUUACUAUGCAUUCACAAUCCGAGCCGGGCUCGAUCGUUUAUACAGAUCGGCUGGGAAAUAAGUGUAGUUCCGGUUAUGUGUAUAAACUGAUUUCCAACUUCGUCCAGAAGCUCAAUGGCUCGCUCACCUACAGAGCGCCUGUGAAUGUGGGUGCGAGUAUUGAAAUCUCUGUAUUGGCCGACCUCACGAGCAGUUACGAAGUGGACAUACCGAUAGGUUUACAAAUGCCUGUGGAGAAUAUGUCGCUCUACGCUUUUUCGAAUAUUGUAGAGAUAAGCAACUGGAUGCCAAUGUUGCCACGUGCGGGCUACAUCGAACGCUAUCUGAUCUACAAGUAUAUCUUUCAAAGCAACACUUUGAUUAUAGACGUGCUCGUAUUCGUUAUACUCUCACUACUCUACACUUGCAUUGUUAAUGGUCAAAAGCGACGCCGACGGAGCGCAACGUGUUUGAUUACAUGGAAAGAUAUCGUCUUCAAUGAUAAGAUAUUUCGUGGCGUUAUUGGGCUCUCUUUUCAGCUAUGGCGCGAACGGAACUACAAAUUUUAUCUACUCUAUUUACUAAUUUUCCUACAGGGUCUCAUAUGGAGCACCAUUUAUAGCGCACAAUUGCAUGCCUACUCAAGUCGGCCUCCCUCGGGUGAGCAGAUCAAAAGCUACGAUGAUUUGAGAGCAAGUAACGUAAAAAUCGCUAUACCCUUGGAGGAAUACGAGUUGCUGGAGAAUGUUAUGCCCGUUGAAUUUAUGCAAAAAUAUCGCGAUAUUUUCUUAGUAAUGCCCGACCUGCGUGAUUUCUAUACGCUACGCACGAGUCUCGACACACACUUCGCCUACUCCACGCACACGGAAAUAUGGGCUAUGGUGGAGCGUCAGCAGCGUUAUUUCACGCAACGUCUGUUUCGUGUCUCCGAUGAGGUGCAGUUCCAUCGGCAAAUAUUACUAGCUGUGCCUUUGGCUGAGAAUAGCGUUUAUCGCGCCACAUUCAAUGCAUAUCUGUUGGAUAUGCAGGCAUAUGGCUUCUGGGCUCAUUGGACGGCUAUAAGUUUGUAUGAAAUGGUCAAGGCGGGCAAGUUAACAUUUGAGGAUUUAUCCAAAACUCGUGGUAAUGAGGCUCUAAAAUUUGUGGAUCUUUAUUAUAUUUGGUGGAUUUACAUUUUUGGCAUUGCUAUGGGUACCCUCUGCUUCAUAGCCGAAGUGGUGCGUGAGAGAUUUAAACUUGGAGAGGCACAACAUUAUUUGCUGCUGAUUUGGCGUGAGUUGAGAGAGCAAUUCGUUUAG